AUGCCGACGCAGCGCUACAUUGCCCUGCAAAUGCUACAGGACCGCACGUUGUGGGAGCUUGGCGGUCCUCGCUCUCGUCGCGCCUCCACCGCCGAGCUGCGACGACGCGGCUCCACCAACGACGUAUCCCCUCUGCAUCACAGCGCUCGCUCAGCGAGCACCCAUCGAUCCAAAGGGAAGUUGGUGGAGAGCACCAGUGACUUAUCACUGCUUCUGGCGUACGUCGGAGCCCAUGGCCUAGUAGACGAAGACGCAGAACAAAUAGACGCUACUGUUGGUAACAAGUCGCUUCCAGAUGAUGAAGAAGUUGAAAUAGUGGAGGAAGUGCAAGUAGAAAAAGAAAAGACCAGUUGGCAGCUCUCCAAGGAAAUUAUGUUCAUGGUCUCGGCCUUCGUCGUGCUCUUCACGUCUGGUGGGCUCAUUUUAGGGUUUGGUCCCGUCUACUCGACAUUGGUGAGGGAGAAGCAAUGGGCAGAGCUGUGCACCCCAGAAGAACGAGAAAAUAAUGACGGUGUGCUGUGCGCGGCACAGGAAGUUCGACUGCAGUUCGUCUUCUCGACCGGAUUCCUGUGUCUCAGUGCAGCCAACGCCUUUUUUGGCGUGUUUCUUGACGUGGUGGGGCCUCGGAUCACCAUCAUGUUAGGACUCACGCUAUCGGCGUUGGGGAACUUCGCUCUGACCUUUGGUGAUUCGCAUACUGGCACUGGUGCGUGGAUCAUCGCGGGGUAUUCAAUGGUGGGGGCGGGAGGAAUGGGUGCGUACUUGGCAGCCUUCCAGAUCUUGCAGCUGUAUGAAGUUCAGGGGGUUGUAUGCAGUACUCUGUCCAGCUUAUUCAACUGUUCGGGGUAUGUGUAUAUGCUGCUGGGGGUACAUGGCAUCACGCGGACGACGUUCUUCUGGGUAUACGGUGAGUGUGUGCGCCUGUAUCUGCUUCCUACUGUUUCCGACCAACAGCAUCACGAAGCCAAGCAGUUUUCUUGCUGUUCCUCUUUGUCGCUUGGAAAUGCCCCGCAUCAACGUACGCCACCUGGUCGACAAUACUACUGA